CAGAGACGUGCUGAGAAGCUGAGAACGAGCACAUCAAGGAGUGGAAGUAUCCCUGAAAAGAGAUUCAGUGAGAAUGGCUAGCGGAACAGUAGUGUUCAUUCCUCCCUAUGGUGGCAAUAUAAUCCAGACAGGGCCAGGGGCCCCUGGUACUUUCGUUCAACCACCAGGGAUGGUACAAUAUGUACAGUAUCUACAAUCCGGAGGCCAGCAGCUUGGAGACUCCAGCAACCCCCCUCAGCAGAAUCGUCAAGCAGGGCCACUGGAGAAACUCCUCAAAGUAGAGACCAAGACUCUGGGGGCCGUCCAGAUCAUAAUUGGGCUGAUACACAUUGGCUUUGGUGCUGUCUCAAUUGCUAUUAUUGGUCCAUAUUAUUUCAUACCUGUGGCUGCUUAUGGAGGUUAUCCAUUCUGGGGUGGAAUAUUUUUUAUAGCAUCUGGAUCCCUUUCUGUGUCAGCUGAGAAACAUCUAACCUCUGCUUUGGUGAAAUGCAGUGUGGGAAUGAAUAUCACAAGUGCUGCAAUGGCAUCAGUUGGUAUCAUCCUAUAUAUAGCAGAACUGGCUUUAAAUCGUCACAGCUAUCGUUAUUAUGGCAAUGAGUAUAGCUAUGAUGGGCUAAAGUCCGUAGGUACUGGUCUCUCUGUCCUGCUCCUCUUGUUCACUUUGUUGGAGUUCUGCAUCACCGUUUCUGCAGCGCAUUUUGGGUGUCAAGCAGCCUGCUGCAAGGGUGACCAGCCAACAAUGAUUUUUGUGCCCUACCCUGCCAGUGGAGUUAAUACGACUUCCACUGAAGACAACCCUCCUCCUCCAGCCUAUGGUGCUGCAGUCGCUUAUCCCAAGGGAGAAGAGUUUCAGCAGUGGUUCUGGGUUGCUGGCAAAGAGGAAGAACAUAUUUUGGCAUCACUUCGAAGCAUCAGCAGAUCCAAUCUUUGCUUCCACCGCAGAAAAUAUCGGUACAAGGGUGGAACAACCAGGAUAACAGAGGUGCACAAAGUAUCCAUUGAGAAUGGCGAGUGGAACAGUAGUGUUCUUUCCCCUACAUGGAAACCCCAACAACCAACUUCAGCAGAGCCCUCAAGUGGGGCCAAUGGAGAAACUUCUCAAAGUAGAGACCAAGACCCUGGGGCUCAAGGCUCACAGUUUCAGGGUACUUCUGAAUUCAUCCCUGAACCUGGAUGCUCAGGUUUUGGCAGUGGCCAUGGACAGGAGUUCACUUGCACUACUGAGGUGAAAAGCAGUGCAGGAAUGAACAUCAUAAGUGCUUUAGCAGCAUUAACCGGCAUUGUACUAUAUGUCUUGGAGUUGGUUUUAUGGCGCGGUCCUUAUUUACUUGACCAUUCAAACGGCUAUCCACAUGACUAUCAGGACAACUACCACCAUGAGUAUCCACGGUACUCAUGGCAGACAUCUGGAUACAUUUCUAGAGUCAAACCAUAUGAAAAUCUGAUAGGUAUUGGUCUCUGUGUCCUUCUCCUCUUGUUCACUAUCCUGGAAUUCUGCAUUGCCGUUUCAGCAGCACAUUUUGGGUGCAACGCGACCUGUUGCAACAAUGAGCCACAGAGAGUGGUUUUCCUGCCCUACACUGCCAGUGGAGCUGAUGUGGCUCCCCCUGUAGGCUACGCUGCUCCUCCUCCAGCUUAUGAAUUUGUGGAUUCUUAUCCCAAGGGAGAGUGAAGAACCUAAGGGAAAAGCUACAGAUAGUGUUGCACCAGAAAUCUUGUCAAGCCGGCUAUCCCUGUAGGAGUAAAAUAACGAUUUCAUAUUUCAUUUAGCAAAAAUAC